AUGGUAGAAGUGGUCAGCGAUGCUAGGAGCUGCUACCUCGAGGGCUCAACAGACGCCUAUGACGACGUUGCAUUCGCUCGCAUGAUGCUCCUUGAUGGUUGUUUUGUCCUGCACUUCAUAUAUACGGUCACCGCUGUUGGAGAAGUGACCUUUUUAGAAGAACUGUUAAAGUUUGUCGGUAGAGCUGAUUACCGUGGGAUAGUUACCGACAUCAUUUUGCUGGAAAACCAACUUCCUUUCCUAGUUCUCCAGGCCUUGAUUAGCUGUACCGGUAUUUCCGCAGAAGUCAAAUGGGAUGAAUUGAUCGAGAAUUCCAUUGUCCAAUAUUACAUAGAUGUCCAUACAAUGUGGACAAAACAAACAUAUAAGCAUGAGGUAGAACAACCCCUUCAUUUGCUAGACCUUAUGAGGAGAAGAUUUCUCGGCAAGUACUCUUCAACAAAAAAAGCAGCAGUUAGAAGCAGCGACAAAGUACACCAAGAUGGCCAACCCCAGCCAUAUUCUUCCUGCCCGCCCAAAAGGGAGCACAGGGAGAGCAACCCAGUGAAGGAGGGUUAUAGACACUCGUUUCGUUCAGCCACAGAGCUUAAAGCAAGGGGGAUAUAUUUCAGGCCUAGCACAUCUUUUUUGAACGACUUCACUUUCACUUCUCGGUUUGGCUACAGAUUGCUCAGAAUUCCUCAUAUCUCAUUGGGCUAUAGAAUCAAGUACCGCCUUCUAAACAUGAUGGCCUAUGAAUUGGCUCCCCAUACAGUCGGUAAUGUUGGGGUAUGCAGCUACGUUUAUUUCAUGAAUUCACUCAUAAAUGGAGCUGAAGACGUGAUUGAGCUGGGAACAAAUAACGUCAUUCAUAAUUUCUACGGCACUGAUGAAGAAGUGGCAAGAACAUUCAACUCCAUGGCCGCAGGGGGUGCAUAUGUUUCUUUAAGCGGCCCUAUUAAAGAUGUCAGUGAUAGAAUACAAGAGCAUUACAAUAGCAAGAUGAAGACUUGGACGACUCAACUAUUUUAG